UAUGUUGUAGGAGUGCAUGAUUUGGCUGUUACAGUUAAGCAUAUAAUACUGUUACAUAUUCAAAGAAUACAAUCCAUCAAACGACCAAUGUUUCAUUAGGCUCAGAACAAAAGUGGUUCUCUGGAUUCUUUAUCAUCACAAUAAGGAUAGCAUUUGAGUAUUAGAAGCCAGACAAUGGUACCUUGAUUGUGUCUUUUAGCUUAUUGCCUCUUUGGGGUUAGAACCCUCAUAAUGCCAGUGGACAGCUGAAUUUCUACUUUCCCACAUGGUUGAGGAAAUGGCAUCAUUACGUUCUGGUGGAUUUGUGGAUCCUGGAUGGGAGCAUGGUACUGCCCAAGAUGAGAAAAAGAAGAAGGUGAGAUGCAAUUAUUGUGGGAAAGUAGUUAGUGGUGGGAUAUACAGGUURAAGCAACAYUUAGCUCGAGUGUCUGGGGAAGUGACGUAUUGUGAAAAGGCUCCAGAAGAGGUUUGCCUAAAAAUGAAAGAGAASUUGGAAGGAUGUCGUAUUGGUAAGAAACCGAAGCAAAUUGAAUAUGAUGAACAAGCAUAUCUGAAUUUUCCUUCUAAUGAUGACGUUGAAGAGGAAGAGCACAAUGCAUACAGGAACAAAGGAAAGCAGCUGGUAGGGGACAAGGGUUUGGUUAUAAAUAUGGCUCCUCUUCGGUCAUUAGGAUAUGUUGACCCUGGGUGGGAACAUGGAAUUCCUCAGGAUGAGAGGAAGAAAAAGGUUAAAUGCAAUUACUGUGAUAAAAUAGUUAGUGGUGGGAUUAAUCGCUUUAAGCAACACCUAGCUAGAAUACCUGGCGAAGUCGCACCUUGUAAAAGUGCUCCUGAGGAASUCUAUCYGAAAAUAAAAGAGAAUAUGAAAUGGCAUCGUACUGGAAGGAGGCAUAGGAGACCUGAAGCUAAGCAAACGUCAGCAUUUUAUAUGCACUCAGAAAAUGAAGAUGAAGAGGAUGAGCAAGAGGAAGAUGAUGUACAUCUCAUGAGCAGUGAAAAGCUAUUACUUGGAGAUAAARGAUUUUCCAGUGAUUCAAGAAGAGUAGUCAAAGGGAUAUCUCCUGGUAUUGGAACAGAACCGUUGUCCAAGAAACCAAAAUUUGAGACUGUUGUUCUGCAGUCGCCAAAGGGUCAGAUAUCAGCAUCUUCCAAGCAGGGCACAAUCGUGUCAACGAAAAUAUCACGAAAGGAGGUCAURUCUGCAAUUUGCAAGUUCUUUUAUCAUGCUGGAGUUCCCACACAUGCAGCACAAUCACCCUACUUCCAUAAGAUGCUGGAGAUGGUGGGUCAAUAUGGUCAAGACUUACCAGCUCCCCCAAGCCGUAUGUUGUCAGGUCGGUUUCUUCAUGACGAAAUCUUAAUCAUCAAAACCUACCUGGCAGAAUAUAAAGCCUCUUGGGCAGUCACUGGUUGUUCUAUAUUGGCUGAUAGUUGGAAAGAUGCASAGAGUAGGACAUUAAUCAACAUUUUGGUUUCCUGYCCUCGGGGUGUGCACUUUGUUUCUUCAGUUGAUGCAACUGAAUUUGUUGAAGAUGCACCGGCUUUAUUCAAAUUUCUUGAUAAAGUUWUGGAUGAGAUGGGCGAGGAAAAUGUUGUGCAGGUUAUCACGGAAAACACACCCAGUUAUCAAGCGGCUGGAAAGAUGCUUGAGGAAAAACGACAAAAUUUAUUUUGGACUCCUUGUGCUGCUUCUUGUAUUGAACAAAUGCUCGAAGAUUUUGUAAAAAUAAAAUGGGUUGCAGAAUGUAUAGAGAAAGGACAAAAAAUUACAAAGCUUGUAUACAACCAAAUCUGGUUAUCAGAUUUAUUGAAAAGAGAAUAUACAGGGGGACAGGAGCUGCUGAGAGCAUCUUUUACCCGUCAUGCUUCAAGUUUUCUAACGUUGCAAAGCUUGAUGGACCACAGGGUUGCUCUCAAACGAUUGUUUCAGUCCACUAAAUGGCUGUCAUCUCGAGUUUMWAAAYGUGAGGAGGGUGAAGAGGUGGAAAAAAUUGUAAUGAAUGCUACAUUUUGGAAGAAGGUGCAAUAYAUUAGGAGAUCAGUGGACCCUAUUCUGGAAGUGCUUCAAAAGAUCAACAGUGAUGAGAGCCUCUCAAUGCCAUCUAUAUACAAUGACAUGUACAGGGCAAAACUUGCCAUAAAAACCAACCAUGGUGAUGAUGCCCGCAAAUAUGGCAACUUCUGGAGUGUAAUAGACAAUCAUUGGAAUUCAUCUCUCAAUCAUCCUUUGUAUCUUGCUGCUUACUUUCUGAAYCCAUCGUACAGAUAUCGACCUGAUUUUGUUCCACAUCCAGAAGUUGUCCGUGGACUAAAUUCAUGCAUUGUUAGGUUUGAGCCAAACAAUGCACGAAGGGUGUCAGCAUCAAAGCAGAUAUCAGAUUUUGGGUCUGCAAAAGCUGAUUUCGGAACUGAUUUGGCUAUUAGUACGCGAACAGAACUUAAUCCAGCCGCUUGGUGGCAACAACAUGGCAUAAACUGCUUGGAGCUGCAACAGAUUGMUGUACGCAUAUUGAGUCAAACAUGCUCGUCUUUUGGCUGUGAGCAUAAUUGGAGCAUAUAUGAUCAGUUUCACAACCAGAGGCACAACCGCCUGGGACAGAAACAAUUGAAUGACUUUACCUAUGUUCACUACAACUUACGACUCAGGGAACGCCAAAUAAGGAAGAUGCCAUAUGGUUCAGCUUCGCUUGAUAGCAUUCUGAAAGAGAAUGUAUUGCAUGACUGGAUUGUAAAGCCAGAAAAACAAGCAUAUCAAGAAGACGAGGAGGUUUGUAGUGAAAUGGAACAAGGCGAUGCAUAUGAGAAUGGGUUGCUGGAAUAUGAAGAAGGAAAUGGAGAGAGUAGGAAGGGAUCAUUGCAGCUGAUGACACUAACAGACAUAGAGCCAUUAGAUGCUCAUCCGCUUAACAAUAUUGGGGGUGAUGAUGAAGAUGAAGAUGAUGAAGGUGAUGAUGAUGACCUCAAUUUCCUGGGUGAUGGUUUCAGUGAUUCAUAGAUAUCUAUAUAAAAGAGUUAUAGGAUGAGUAAAUGGCUGCCUUGUUUAUCAGUAGUAAUGCAAAAUGACGAU